AUGAGGGACCCGGGGAGCCCCCCACCCGUGUCACCCCCGUGUGACCCCCCCCCGUGUGACCCCCCGCGGCCUCUCCCGUGCCCCACUCGCUGCCCCGGGAUCAGAGUCCACCGCCGGAGCCGCGUCGUCGCCCGCGGGCACCGGGCGCGGGGCCAGGCCUGGCACGGGCAGGUCCCGGCAGGGGCCGGAGGGAGUGCAGGCACGUGCGGGAUCGGGUGCGGCCUGGGGGGACCGCGCUGUGUGGACGCGGGGUGCGGCCGGGGAGGGCUCGGGGUGCGGCCGCGCGGGGCGGGAGCAGUCGUGCCAACCCGGGGUUGUCGCCGGUGCCAUAUCGUCGUGCCAGCCGUCCCCAAUCGGAGUGCCAGCCGUCCCAAAUCGGAGUGCAGCCGUCCCAAGUCGGGGUGGCCAGCUCAGCGGGACCGGGAUGGACCCCCGAGCCCCCUCCCGACCCUGAUCCGCAAGAAGCGGGACGGGGAGCGCCUGGAGGACGCGGAGAUCCGAGUUUCGUGCGCGGCGUCACCGAGGGCACUUGCCCAGGGCAGGGGCCAGAUCGGUGCCAUGCUGAUGGCCAUCCGGCUGCGGGGCAGGGACGCGGGGGAGACGCUGGCCCUGACCCGGGCCAUGGCCACCUCGGGCCGGGCGCUGGCCUGGCCGCCCGCCUGGCACGGGCUGGUGGUGGACAAGCACUCGAACGGGGGGGCGUGUGGGGACAAGGUCAGCCUGGCCCUGGCUCCAGCGCUGGCUGCCUGCGGCUGCAAGGUGCCCAUGAUCAGCGGGCGGGGGCUGGGCCACACCGGGGGCACCCUGGACAAGCUGGAGGCCAUUCCCGGCUUCCGAGUCUCCCUGAGCCCCGAGGAGAUGUGCAGUGCCCUGGAGCGGGCGGGCUGCUGCAUCGUGGGGCAGAGCGAGGAGCUGGCACCCGCUGACCGGGUGCUCUACGGGCUGCGGGACGUCACGGCCACCGUGGACAGCGUGCCCCUCAUCACCGCCUCCAUCCUCAGCAAGAAGGCGGCGGAGCAGCUCUCGGCGCUGGUGCUCGAUGUGAAGUUCGGGGGUGCCGCCCUGUACCCCACCCAGGACAGCGCGCGGGAGCUGGCCCGGAGCCUGGUGGAGGUGGGCACACAGCUGGGUAUCCGCACGGUGGCCGUGCUGUCCCGCAUGGAUCAGCCCCUGGGCAGGGCCGUGGGGAACGCGCUGGAGGUGCUGGAGGCGCUGGAAUGUCUGGACGGGGGCGGCCCCCCCGACCUGCGGCAGCUGGUCACGGCCCUGGGCGGGGUGCUGCUGUGGCAGUGCGGGAAGGUGGCGGGGGCCGCGCAGGGCCGGGAGCUCCUGGGGCGGGCGCUGGACGAUGGCUCAGCCCGGAGAACCUUCGAGGCCAUGCUGGGGGCGCAGGGGGUGCCCCCCGACACCGCCCAGCGCCUCUGCAGUGGGACCCCCGCCCAGCGCCGCCGGCUCCUGGGAACGGCCAAGGUCUGUGAGGAGCUGCCCGCGCUGCAGGACGGCUGGGUGCAGGAGGUGCGGGCGCUGCCCCUGGCCCAGGUCCUGCACGGGCUGGGCGCGGGGCGGGCGCGGGCCGGGGACCCCGUGGACCCCCUCGUGGGCGCCGAGCUGCUGGUGGGAGCGGGGCAGCACCUGCGGGCAGGCGAGCCGUGGCUGCGGGUGCACCACGAGGGGACCCUCGGCGCGGGGGGGCGGCGGGCGCUGCAGGACGCGCUGUGCCUCGGCCCGGAGCCCCCCCGGGACCCGCCGCCGCUGGUGGCCGAGACCGUCGUGCCCGCGGGGGCCCCCCCGGCCCCCCAAUAGGGCCCAUUUUGGGGGGGGGGUCGGGAUUUCCUCCCCCUUCCCCCCCCCCCGGGGGUCCCGCGCGGGGCGGUGGCGCCACCUGCUGGUGGAGGGGAGGACUGCAGGGGGCGAGGCCACGCCCCUCCCUCUUCAGACACGCCCCUUACGGCCAAGGCCACGCCUCCUCCCCAACAAGCCGCGCCUCUCCCGCUCGAGCCACGCCCCCGCCCGGCUCCUCUCUCCCAGGCCACGCCCCCUCCGGUAUGAUCACGCCUUCUUUCGAUCGGGCCGCG